ACAUACUGGUUGGAGAACAUUGGCGUGUGAUUCACUCGGAGAGGAGACUGAGUGCUGAUCGCCACACCCCAAUCAAACCUUUCAAAAGCUGAGCCACCGGCAGUCUGACGUGACUCAGUCGCUGGAUUAUUACCACUGACACUUCAAUGCUGAAAAUAAACACAUCGGGUGCCAAUCAUCAUUAUUGGCUGUAAGUACUGUACCUCUCUGUCGGCUCAACAUGGCAGCUGCUGUACAGGUGUCCCUCCUAUGCUGCCUCCUUCACGGUGUCGUAUGCCAGCAGUGGGCAGCCUUCAUGCCUCAGAGAGUGGAGGGACUGAGUGGAUCCUGUGUGACGGUGCCCUGCACCUUCAGCUUGGCCUCGGGUUGGGAUCCAUACCUGGAUGAGUCCUGCGUCGCCAUCUGGAUGAGAGGCAGGAGUCAAACAGUGGUGGUCCACUCCGGUCGCACACCGGGCCAAAACAUCCUCCAGGGGAAACUGACGGGCAACCUGCGUGACAAGAAUUGCACCACCGUCUUCGACAACCUGCCGUCAGACGAUUACGACCGAUAUUACUUCAGACUGGAGUGUAACAACGACUUGAAGUUCAGCUUCUCAUCGAGCGUCCUCAUCACCACUCGGGAUUCCCUGCCUAAACCUGUCAUCACUCCAUCCUGGCUGGAGGUGGAAGAAGGAUCUCCCGUGAGGUUGACGUGCUCGGCCGUGGCCCCGUGCGCCAUUCUUCCCCCGGCUUUGACUUGGACCCCGACAAUCGGAGACAUCGAGGAGAGCGUAGGAACGACAUCUGUGACAUCUGUUCUGAACUUCACGGCGUCCUCCCGCCACGAUGGACGCCGCUUCUCGUGCAGCGCCCUCCACAACCGACAAGCUGGCAACAGUGACCUCCUGUAUGAAAACAGAGUGACCCUGCGUGUGCUUUAUCCUCCUCAUAACACAUCGGUCAGCUACUCGGGUCCCGUGGCAGAGGGCAGCUCCGUGACCUUGACCUGCAACACCAACGCGAAUCCAGCCGUGGACCGCUUCACCUGGUACAGAGUGGAUGGAGACCAGGCGACCGUGGUGGGUUUGAGGAAGCGGCUUUCCGCCGCGGUCUCGGAAGAGAACAGCACAUUUUACUGCCAAGCCGGCAACGACCGCGGGAACCAGAACUCAGCCACCACUCAGAUCGACGUACAAUUUCCUCCCAAGGAAACCACGGUGAUCGUCAACGCCAGCCGCCCCGUGCUGGAGGGCAGCUCGGUGUCUCUGCUCUGUCGGAGCCGCGCGAACCCGACCGUGACCCGCUACACCUGGUACAAAGACGACGAAAAGGAGGAGGAGGAGCUCGGGUCGAGCUUCGUGGUGAACGGCGUCACCCCGAGCCACAGCGGGAACUACCGCUGCGUGGCGACGAGCGCGCUGGGAGAGGGAAGUUCAGCUUCGACUCAGCUGGACAUUCAGUAUCCCCCUAAGAACACCUCGGUGUCCGUCGACCCCUCCGGUCCAGUUCUGGCCGGCAGCUCCGUCACUCUGACCUGCACGAGCAUCGCCAAUCCAGCGGAGGUCAACAUCACCUGGUUCCGAGUGGCCGGAGGAGAAAAGGAGGCGAUGGGCUCCGGGCGGGACCUCGCUCUCAACGUGACCAAACUCUCGGAGGACCGGUUCUACUGCCAGGCGCUGAAUGUCCACGGGGCCGAACACUCUGAUCUCACCAGUAUCGAUGUCACAUUCGCUCCAGAGAUUCUGCCCGAGUCACGCUGCGUCACGAUGUCAUCCCUGAUCCGAUGUUUCUGCGACAGCCAGGGGAACCCGCCUCCCUCCCUGAUUUGGGAAUUGGCCGGGGAGGCUGUCAAUCACUCUUCCGCCAUCCCGAUCCAGAAAGUUCCCCUCGGGUCCGUGGGUACGAGCAGCGUCAUCACCCUGCACCAUCCGGACGAAGCCACGCCCUCUCUGGUGUGCGUCAGCAUCAACUCGCUGGGCUCCCACCGUUUUGUAUUCAACUUGUCCUCCAGCGAACCUCAGCGAGGCCUCCAUGCUUUGUCUCUGUUCAUCGGCUCUGCAGUGGGAGCCGUGGGGAUGCUGCUGCUGUGUGUCCCGCUGUUGAUAUUAUUUUGCAGGAAAAGGAAAAUAGGACUUUCACCAAAUAUGAGAUUGGAGGACACUUCCGACAUUUUAGUCUCUAAUGGGACCAACUCGUCAAAAUUGGACGUGAUUUAUGCCAAUAAAGCCACGCUGGAGGAGGAGGACCCUCUCCACUACGCCGACGUGGACUUCGCUAAACUCCGGGCCGAGCUCGGGGGGGGCGAGAUCAGAGGCCUGGCCUCCGUGACGGCCGAGUACGCCGAGAUCCGUCUGCACUCCGGAGGAGACGCCAAGGAAGAAGAGGCCGUCGCUGGCACCCAUUUGGGGAAAGGGGAGAGCACUGAUGGUCUCAUAGGACGGGGCAGUGAAGGGGGCGUGGCUUAACUUUAAAAUACAUUAUAGACGAAUCAAAGAAUUCUGGACUUCAGACGGCUUCAGGACUCGGUGGAGGUGGAAACUGCAAUGCAGACGACCUUAUUGUUUUGCUCUUAACUUCUGUCACUCAUUUAGCUUGUGUUUCUUUUCUGAAAAAAUGCAGAGCAAAACCACCCAAAAAAAGUAAAUAUACAGUCGGUAGUUAACCCUCAAUUAACCGUAAAUGUUCCCUCUAAACUCAUGAACUUUAUUCUUCUGUCAUUCACUACUAUAGAUACAUGCUAAGUUCAUAGUAGCAUGUCCUUUAAUGAUGUAUAGGACCGUGACAUUAUAUUGCAUUUAUAGGUAAAAGAUAAUAUUGAACUGUCUGACAAAUAUCCAACGAAUCAAAGUACUUGUACAAAAACAACAUUUCUUGCAAUGGAUUACGAAAAAAUGCCACUGAGGAAAGGAGUCAUGCAGCCACUGAGGAAAGGAAUCGUGCAGCCACUGAGGAAAGGAAUCAUGCAGCCACUGAGGAAAGGAAUCAUGCAGCCACUGAGGAAAGGAAUCAUGCAGCCACUGAGCAAAGGACUCAUGCAGCCACUGAGGAAAGGAGUCAUGCAGCCACUGAGGAAAGGAAUCAUGCAGCCACUGAGGAAAGGAAUCAUGUAGCUACUGAGGAAAGGAAUCAUGCAGCAACUGAGGAAAGGAAUCAUGCAGCCACUGAGGAAAGGAGUCAUAAAAUGACUCUGAGGAAGUUGCUUCAGGCCGAUUGCAUUUACUUUCCUGUUGCUCUCUUUGUAAAAUGUAACCUUCCGGUUGAUACUUCUCUUCUAUUUGUUACCAUUUUUUUUAUUAAUAAAAAGAUAAAAGUAUG